AUGACAGUCCGCAAUUCAAGUAGAAGCUUGACUUUUGCAAAGUCAAGCGAUGAGCUAUUGCAACCAAUUAGCAAUGCAUCCAAUACUACAAACACAACAGGUAACCUACAACGACCGACAAUGGCUCUGGGCCUGAUGAUGUCUGCAAUGUACAACGAAUACUCCGACCUUGAGGAUAAUGAAGACGAGGAUAGUGGUGUCAUAAAAGAUGAAGAAAAUGAACGUGAAAUACAUGAUUAUACUCGUAAUACUCAACUAUCUACAUCACAACCUCGUUCUUCAAACGCCACUCAGCCAUCAGAAAAGUACCUGAGAUAUGGAAUAGGCGCCAAAUUGAUGAUGAAGAUGGGGUACCAAGAAGGGAAAGGACUCGGGACGGACCAAUCGGGGAUUGUGAAGCCUAUUGAGACUUUUGCUAUGCAUGGACGAGCAGGAAUAGGUUCCGGAAAAGGAAGAAAAACUGGACGAAAAACUGACCAUGAAGAACAGAGUGAGCAGAAACUUCGAGGAAGUAGAAGAGAAAGAGGAAGAGGAAAAGGAAAAGGAAAAGGAACAGGAAAAGAAAAAGCGUACAGUGCUGGCGACUUUAAUUCUUCUGAUGAGCUGAUGGAGGUAAGUGACUAUUCUGAUGAAGAACAAUUAGCAAUCAAGAGGUUGAGAUCAAAAAUAUACAACAAGCUAGUUGAGUUUGAGAACUUGAAAAUAGAUGUACCUCAAAAUCUCAAAAACUGGUUAGAGAACCGAGACUGGGACUUUGAAAAUAAUUCAAAGUUUGAAAGAGUGUAUCAGAAACUCGAUACAAUCUACAGCUUAGUAACUUUGACAGAUAGAAAGGACCAAUUGCUCGAACUCAGAAGGAGAGAAGAAAGUGAUUACGAGGAAACUAUAAAUUCUAUGACUGUGAUGCUUGAGACGUUAAAAAUUGCGCGUGAUCAAAAAAUCUCUGUUUCCAGUGAUACUACUAGCAAUGAUGAUGAUGAUGAAGAAGAAGAAGAAGAAGAUGAUGAUGAUCCAAUAUUUAAACUAGCUGCAAUGAAAGUAAGCAAUUUAGAGUUACAAGAAUCCGUGAUUUUGACAUUGGUAAAAGACAAACUUGAACCAAUACUUGCAAUAAAUAUCAGCGAUAUUGAGCAACAACAAUCCAAAGUCAUUCCGAUUUUGCAAAAAAUUUGCAAGCUUUUUUUAUCAUUCACUCAGGAUGAUAAAUUGUGCCAAUAUGAUGCUUUACUUUAUCAGCAGUAUAGUGAAGAGAUUGAAAACAUUUUUCAAAGUAAUUUAUCUGUCGCUAUUGACAUGAAAAAUAACUCCGAUGAUGUGGUGGCCUCAAUAUUUUCGGCAUGGUCAGUUAAUAGUCCAUUUGCUGAUCUGGCAAUGGUUUUUGAACUUUUGUUUCAGGGCACCUUGUGGAAGCGAAUAUGUUUGCUUAUUGAACAAUGGGAACCUUGCUCGGGAAUUGUACUUGCUCGUGCAGUUGAAGAUUACUUGACAAUCGUUUCACACUUGGGUGACAAAUAUCAGUUUAAUGCAAAUGUAUGGAUUGGGAAGGCAUGUAAACGGAUUUCAGAUAAAGUGAAAAGAAUGGUAAACCACAAUGUAAGAGAAUCAAUGUGGUCCUAUUUAUUCGUAAAAGAUGGUCAUAAUAGCCAUGUAAAGCAUAUCAGGGACCAGCUAUUUGACAUUAAAACAAUAUGGCUUCCCCAAAUAGCCUCCCAUUCUCAAACUGACGCCUCAGAAAUUCUUAUUCUCAUGGAGGAGGCAUUUGCACAUGUCAUAUAUAGCCAAAUGGGUAAUUUGAAGAGUUUAUUUGCAAUUGCAUUCAUGUUUUAUGAUGUGAUGAAAUUGGAUUCCAGUAUACUAGUUGUGCAAUACGGAAUAUUUAAUCGUUGGAUUGAGAUUCUUAUAAGACUUUAUAAAAGCGACCCUAUGCAAGUCCCGGAAUGGUAUGCUGGAUGGUACAACUAUUUGACAAUUGACAUUGCUAACGAAGUUGCAGACGAAACGAGUGUUGAGGUCAAAAAUAUGAUUAUGUGGUACUUGACAAAAGCGUUAGACUUGAUUGAAUGCAAAUUUGACAUAGUAGAGUGCGAGAAGCUACCAAUGCUAUAUGGACAAAUCACUCCCGGUGUAGAAGAACUCCUACAUAUAGCAAGACACGAGAAUGUCAAAAAAGAAGAGAGUGUAAGUACGGUGACAAAUGUGAGUGGCAUACCGAGUAAAAAAUUUAUGACUACGUUCAAAGACGUUUUAGCUGGAUUCUGUGCUGAUAAGCAGAUAGUCAUGAAAAAUACACGGAAUUUGUUUCAUUCUACAAAAGGGUUCCUGAUAAUGUCUUUCGAGAAUAGUCAAAAGCUAAUAGUAUAUGGUUAUAUUGAUGAUGAUGUAUUGUGGGUACACUCCAACAAUAGUGGGGAUAUUGAAGAUGGCGAGUACGAGCCAAUUAGUUUAGAUAAGUUGCCAGAGUACUUUUUUAAAUAG